AUGGCAGAACAGGAUGUGGAAGACCAGCUUUUGGAUUAUGAUGAAUUUGAAGAGCCCCAAGCAGCCCAGGAGAGCACCCCAGCUCCCCCGAAGAAAGAGGUCCAAGGAUCUUAUGUCUCCGUUCACAGUUGUAGUUUCCGGGACUUUCUGCUGAAGCCGGAGCUCCUGAGAGUCCUAGUGGAGUGUGGCUUUGAGCCUCCUUCGGAGGUCCAGCAUGAGUGUCUUCCCCAGGCCAUUCUGGGUAUAGAUGUCCUGUGGCAGGCCAAGUCUGGGAUGGGCAAGACGGCGGUGUUUGUGCUGGCCACCCUGCAGCAGAUGGAGCCCGUGGACGGCCCCGUGUCGGUACUGGUCAUGUGCCACACCAGGGAGCUGGCCUUCCAGAUCAGCAAGGAGUAUGAGCGCUUCUCCAAGUACAUGGCCAGCGUGAAGGUAUCCGUGUUCUUUGGGGGCCUCUCCAUCAAGAAGGACGAAGAGGUGUUGAAGAAGAACCGUCCCCACGUGGUGGUGGGGACCCCAGGCCGGAUCCUGGCACUGGUCCGCAGAGGGAGCCUCAACCUGAGGAACGUGAAGCACUUUGUGCUAGACGAAUGUGACAAGAUGCUGGGACAGCUGGCCAUGCGGCAGGACGUGCAGGCCAUCUUUCGAGUGACGCCCCACGAGAAGCAGUGCAUGAUGUUCAGCGCCACCCUGAGCAAGGAGAUCCGGCCCGUGUGCAGGAAGUUCAUGCAGGAUCCCAUGGAGGUGUGUGUGGAGGACGAGAGCAAGCUCUCCCUGCACAGCCUCCAGCAGUACUACGUCAAGCUCAAGGAGAGCCAGAAGAACCGGAAGCUCUGCGACCUCCUCGAUGUCCUCGAGUUUAACCAGGUGGUGAUCUUUGUCAGGUCUGUGCAGCGUUGCAUGGCCCUGGCCCAGAUCCUAGUGGAACAGAACUUCCCAGUCACUGCUAUUCACCGAGCCAUGCACCAGGAGGAGCGCCUGUCCCGCUUCCAGCAGUUCAAGGACUUCCAGUGGCGCAUCCUGGUGGCUACCAACCUGUUUGGCAGAGGUAUGGACAUCCAGCAAGUCGACGUCGUCUUCAACUAUGACAUGCCAGAGGACUCAGAUACCUACCUUCACCGAGUGGCUCGUGCUGGUCGCUUUGGUACCAGAGGCCUGGCGCUCACUUUUGUAUCUGAGGAGAGUGAUGGACACAUCCUCAGUGACGUCCAGGGCCGGUUUGCAGUGAAUGUAGCAGAGUUUCCGGAAGAAAUGGAGAUCUCCACACGCAUUGCUUGA